AUGACCCUUUCGACGGGCGCAAGCCUUGUCACCCUCUCGAUGCUUGUCAACAAACUCGCCGGCCUCUAUGGCAUCCUCGCGCUCUUCACCGGCUACCACCUCUCGCCCUUUCAGCUGAGCAUGUACAUCUACUCGACCCUUGCCUUAAUCCUAACCGCCUACCUCGCACGUCACAUCCGCAAGCAAUCGCCGCUCCAGUGCCUCGCACUCGCAUGGUUCUACGUCCUCGACAGUAUCAUCAACGCCGCGUAUACCGCCAUCUUUGCCGCGACGUGGUUUUUGGUGCUCGCGCAGCACGAUGCAGGAACGUCGGACAAGAAAGGACCCGGCGCAUCUACAAUGGACGAUACAAGUGGCUUUACCGAUCCUCAACUCAAUGUCUCCAGGGUCGAAGUCGUGGCCACGCCGCAGCCUCCCCUGGCAGGAUCAGGCCAAGACGCGGUUGCGGCAGGCGUUGCAGCAGGCGGCCCGGCGGGCAGCGGCAGCAAUGGCGCCCUUCAGUCAGCCAUCCUAGACAGCCAGAAUAUGAACUCCAUUGGCGUGAUUAUUGCCAUGUGGACGAUCCGCGCGUAUUUCUGCCUUAUCAUGCUCGCGUGGGCGCGCAUGGUGAUCAGACAGCACAUUGCCUGUUCCGGCUCCAAGACCGGCGUCGACUACACUGCUGCCUCGACGGACGCUCAACUUGCCGAGAACCCCUUCGCCGAGUCAAAACCUCAGGGUCAGGGCUGGCAGGGCAAGCUAGGCAGAAUCCUGAUUGCCAUCGGAAGAAGCUACUGGCUGGGCAGUGACGAGGACGAUAGCUGGAUGUACGGCAUGGGCGGCAAAUUCAGGAAGAGUGGUGUCGCGGGUGAGGAAGGCGGGUUCAUGCUCAAUAAGAUUGAGAGCGGGCCGACUGAACGGGAGAGGCGACGACGGUCGGGCACCGGACCACCCGUGCCAGCCGCGGGUGUUGUUCCUGGGGUGCCGGUUGUGGGAGGGGACAAGAUGACAUUGCAGAUUCCUCAGGCGAAUAACUUGUGA